AUGAUUCAAUUCAUAUCGACUCUCUCCUUGGUUGAAUACAAUCAACCUCCCCCGAAAGCCGUUCCAGCGCAGCCUGGCACUCCUGAUCCCUUCCGAGAAUUCUUCCUCCAGCUUCAAGCGCAUGCAACGCCAGGACUUUCUAGCUGGGGGAAGAGUCCAGCCAAGGGCAAGAUUCCAGGCUUGAGAAAGGACGACACAGCAAAGAAGCAAGAGUGUGUCAUCUGCGUGGAAGAGAAACCUCUUCAACACUUCCCCAAAAUCACAGAUUCAUGUCAACACCCAGAUCAAAUAUGCCUAGUAUGCGUGCAGAACUGGCUGGCACGCGAAGCAGAUAAUACAGACUGGGACAAGAUACAUUGCGUGGCCUGCAAAGAAAUUGUUCCCUACAACCAUAUGAAGAGACUAAUGACAAAAGCCGCAUUCGAGAAGUACGACCAAUAUUCCCGCAACGCAACCUUGAGCAAGAUGCCCAAUUUUCGCUGGUGUAUAUCAUCAUCCUGCUCUUCUGGCCAGAUCCACGAAAUCGACACUGAUGGAUACAUCUUCUAUUGCGGAGCAUGCUAUACCAAAACUUGCGUUAUUCACAAUGUCCCUUGGCAUGAAGGAGAAACUUGCACAGAGUAUGACUACAGGCAAGAUCCGAAGGUGAAAGCGGCGGAGGAACGAGCUUCCAAGAUUGAGAUUAAGGGAAGUUCGAAACCGUGUCCGGGACCAGGGUGUAAGGUUAAUAUUACGAGGAAUGGAGGUUGUGAACACAUGAAAUGUGAGCUUAUUUUCGAGUUGUGGGAUGCGAGGGUGAAUGAGAAUGCUGAUAGUAGACAGGUACGAGAUGUAAUUAUGAGUUCUGUUGGCAGUGUUUGGCGGAUUUCGAUCAGAUUCGGAAGAAUGGGAAUUCGUUCCAUGAGAAGAGUUGCAAGUUGCACUCGGAGAAUUUGCCAGAUCAUUAGCAUCAUUCAUUACUGGUAG